AUGGCAUCUAGCUACUGGGAAUCCACGCAACGGAAGUUCUGGACCUUCACCAAGCAGGAACUCGCGACAGAGAGAAAGAAGAUUGAGGAUUCCGAGCGAAAUAUUGUAAAUCUCUAUCCUCUGCCAGACCGCAGACACCUCAGUAUCUACUUCUAUCACCAAUUACAAAAAAUGGCGCGGCCGCUGGGGAUUCGGCAACAAGCUCUCGCCACUGCUCAAGUCUACAUCCGCAGAUUCUACACAAAGGUUGAAAUCCGAAGAACGAAUCCAGCGCUCGUCUUGGCCACAGCAUUGUAUCUAGCCUGCAAGAUGGAAGAAUGUCCCCAACACAUUCGCAUGGUGCUCGCAGAAGCACGACACUGCUGGGACACAUCCUUCAACGACAUCUCCAAAAUCGGCGAAUGCGAAUUCACCCUCAUCUCGGAAAUGAACUCCCAACUCAUCAUCCACCACCCCUACCGCAGCCUCGGCGAACUCCAAGCCCACUUCCAGCUGACGCAGGAGGAAAACGCGUUGGCGUGGUCGAUUAUAAACGACCACUACCUCACCGACCUCCCGCUGCUACACGCACCCCACGUCAUCGCCAUCACGGCCAUGUUCCUCGCCGUCGUGCUCAAGCCGACCCAAGGCGGACUGCAGGCGAAUGCGGCGGGGAUGACGAGCGCGCUGCAGUCGUUGGGGAAUGCGCGGAGUGCGGGUGGGGUGCAGAAUCGGGUGCAAAAGUUGGUGGAUUGGUUGGCGGAGAGUAAUGUGGAUAUCGAGGCUGUGGUGGAGUGUACGCAGGAGCUGAUUUCGCUGUAUGAGGUGUGGGAGAGUUAUACGGAUAAGACGUGCAAGGACCAGAUUGCAAAGUUUGUAAAGGCGAGGGGGCUGGAUAAGUAG